AUGGCCAGUUUGUGGAGCUUUUCUCUGUCUAGCUGCCUCCUCUCCCUGCUCCUCCUCCUCCAGCUGUCCUCCAGCUAUGCAGGACAGUUCAGAGUGAUAGGACCGGCGCAUCCCAUCCGGGCUUUGGUUGGGGACGAAGCAGAACUGCCGUGCCGCAUAUCUCCCGGGAAGAAUGCCACGGGCAUGGAGGUGGGGUGGUACCGCCCUCCGUUCUCUAGAGUGGUUCACCUCUACCGAAACGGCAAAGACCAAGACGCAGAGCAGGCACCUGAAUAUAGGGGACGCACAGAACUUCUGAAAGAUAACAUCAGCGAGGGAAAGGUUACCCUCAGGAUCCAGAAGGUGAGGUUUUCGGACGAGGGAGGCUUCACCUGCUUCUUCAGAGACCACUCUUACCAAGAGGAGGCAGCAAUGGAGUUGAAAGUGGAAGAUCCCUUCUACUGGAUCAACCCUGGGGUCCUGGUGCUGAUCGCACUUCUGCCAGCCCUCCUCCUGCAGGUCUCCGUGGGUGUCGUCUUCCUCUUUCUGCAGCACAGACUCAGGGGAAAACUUCGAGCAGAAGUUGAGAACCUCCAUCGGACUUUUGAUCCUCACUUCCUGAGGGUGCCCUGCUGGAAGGUAACACUGUUUGUUAUUGUACCUGUUCUUGGACCCCUGGUUGCCUUGAUCAUCUGCUACAACUGGCUGCACCGAAGACUAGCAGGACAGUUUCUCGAAGAGCUAAGUAAGUUCUCCCCAACACCCCUCCCCAUUCUUGAGACCAGUCUCAGUAUGCGCCUCUGA